CAGAUGCUGAUAGCUCUCAUCCAGAUGCAGGACAAGGGGAUCAUGCACAGGGACAUCAAGCCGAGCAACACGCUCGUUGUGCCGGGAGAUCGGGAGCACCCCCUCAAGAUCAUCGACUUCGGAAGCAGCUGCGACUGGAACGACCCGCUCAAGAAGGGGCUGGGAGACGCUACCUGCGACCCAAUGUACGCUCCUCCGGAGAAGACGCUGCAGUUCCUUGGGCCAGGAAAGUUUGACGUGUACUCGGUGGGGAUGAUGGGCAUCAGGGUUCUGUUUCCUUCCCUGACGCGGGGA